AUGUCAAAUAAUCAACAAUAUAAUACCAAAUGCUUUAACCACCCUUAUCAAGAUAUUAUUUCUAUAUGCUCGACUUGUCCAAACAAUAUUCCUGUAUGUAUUGAUUGUAUUGUCGAUAUUCAUGAUGGUCAUAGUUUUAAAAAAUUAAAUGAUAUAAAUUUAAGAAAUCAAAUAGAACAUAAUUUUAGAAAUCAAACAAUACCAAAACUAAACAACUAUUUAGAAAAUAAUAAAAAAAUAUUGGAUGGAUCAAACAAUCACUUUAAACAAAUUCAAGAUAAUCAUACAAUGAAUUUUGAAAAAACUUUUAAAAUAUUUAAAGAAUUAAAAGAUAUUAUCAAUGCAAAAGAAAAUGAUAUCAAAAGAUUAUUAUUAACUAAAUUAGACGAAAAUACAGAUGUAAAUAAUAUAAUAACAACAACAAUAGAAAACAAUAAUAAUAAAAUAAAUUAUGCUAUUAAUUAUAAUAAUGACAUUAAUAACAAUAAUGAUAAUGAAAAUUUAAAUAAUAAUAUUGGCUUUAUUGAACUUUUAAAACACAAUCAUCAAUGUAACAAUCUUUUAUCAAAUAUAAAUAAUAAUAAUAACUUACCAGAAUAUAAAGAUACUCAAUUAAUAAUUAAAGAAAAUAAUCUCGAGUCAAUCAAAGAUUUAACAAACAACUAUUUAGAAGUAUUUGAUGAUAUUUUUUUAAAUGAUUCUAAAACCAUAAAAUUAUUAAAUUUAGAAUAUACAAUUUACAAAGAAGGGUGUGAUAUUAGUCAUUUAAAUAUUAGAUACCUUGCUAUUGGGCCUAUCAAAUGUUUACCUAAAAACAUUCCACCAACCGUUACAAAUUUAUUAUUACUUGAUGGCUUUAAUCAACCACUUAGUUUUAUACCACCCACUAUACAAUACCUUCUUUUACAUAACAUCAAGGUUCUAAUAACACCUGGUUCAAUUCCAGAAUCAGUUAAAAGUUUAUUUUUACUUGAUGGCUUUGAUCAACCACUUAAUUUUAUACCACCCACCGUAAAAUACUUGCUUUUACAAAACAUCAAGUAUAAAUUAAUUCCAACAACAGUUACACAUUUAUAUUUACUAGAUGGCUUUAACCAACCACUUGAUUUUAUACCACCCACUGUAAAAUGCUUGUAUUUACAAAACAUCAAGUAUCAAUUAAUACCUGGUUCAAUUCCAAAUCAUUUAGCUCAUCUUGAAUUUUAUAAUGGCUUCUCUCAACGUAUUACAAAAGGUAUGAUCCCUGGCUCUAUAUCUUCUAUUUGUAUGGGGGAUGUGGUCUAUCCUUUAGAACCUGACUCCAUUUCAAACCCCCACCAAAUUAUUAAAUAUGGUUCCAACUACAAAUAUCCAAAAAUAUAG